GUACCAAUACUUGGUACAAGAGUACCGAAACCGGCAUGAAAAUUUCCCACUCGCUACUGUUAUGUUAAAAUUGCUAAGAGUGUGAUAACAGAGAAGAUCUCUUAAUGGCACCGAAUAUCGUAAGUCCCUGUUAGUAUUAAUUGAGUUCUUUUUUUUCGUUUGUGUGCUUAUUCACUUUGUUACAAAAAUUAAUUGCAUUCUAUUCACAAAUAAGUCUAAGACAAUAUAAAUCUCAAAUGGCGUCUGUAUCACAAAGCAAACGACAAAAAAUGUCCGAGCCACAAUGUGAGGAGGAUAGUGUACCGUUAAACUAUAAGGAAUUGGAUAUUAUUGGCACAGGCGCCUAUGGCACCGUUUAUCGGGCACGCGACAAUCUAACAGGCAAAUUCGUGGCCAUCAAGAAGGUGCGCAUAACACUCACGGAAAACGGAGUGAGUGCAUCGACGCUGCGAGAGAUUUCACUGCUCAAGCAGCUAAACACAUACGAUCAUGCGAACAUUGUCAAACUGUUCGAAGUAUGCCAGUUUUUGGAACGUGAUGGCAAAUUGUUGAUUCUGCUUAUUUUUGAGCACUUGGAACAGGAUCUAUCCGACUUGAUCGAAGCAUUGCCACCAUGCGGCAUGUCGCCCCUAAACGUCCAGCGCUUGGCUCGAGAGCUAUUAACCGGAGUGGACUUUCUGCAUGCCCAUCGCAUCAUUCAUCGCGAUUUGAAACCCCAAAAUCUGCUCGUUUCGUCGCAGGGCCAUUUGAAAAUAGCCGACUUCGGCUUGGCCAAGACGUAUGGCGCGGACAUGAAACUCACCUCCGUGGUGGUUACCCUGUGGUACAGGGCGCCCGAGGUGCUGCUCGCCCAGGGCUACAACAGCACCGUCGACAUCUGGAGCGCAGCUUGCAUCAUCUUUGAGAUGAUUAAGUGUAAGCCGCUCUUCCCGGGCAACUCUGAGAAGGAUCAGCUGGAUCGCAUCUUCCAGUUGACUGGCCGUCCAACGGAGCAGGAGUGGCCAAAGAGCAUCUCCAUUACCAGGGAACAUUUUCCAGAUCGCGCUCGCAAGCGACCCUCAGACUUCUGCCCGGGCCUAUGCGAAUUCACUGAUGAUUUGUUGAAUCAAAUGCUCGCGUAUGACCUGCAUCAGCGUCCCUCUGCGUUGGAGUGCUUGAACCACGCCUACUUCAAGAAGGAGCCACUAUAAAGGGUAUAUCAUGGCCCACAAAUCCAAGCGAAAUGCUGCAAUGUUCCUUUCUAUUAUAUAUAUAUAAUUUUGUAGAUAUAUAUAUAUAUAUGCAC